CCAGCGAGAGUGUGUCCGUACGAGUUACGUCGGAAAUCACAUAAAUGUCAAAUUAAACGAUUUCGUCAAAAAAACAUGACAUGUGCUUCGCGCCGACGUAAACAUACGUUGUUAAAUUGCAUUAUGUCAUUCGGUAGUGCGUAUAUUUCGUAUUAACCCAGUUUAGUGUUUGAUUUUUGUGUAGCAAAUUUUAUAGUAGCUGCUCAUGUUAGUGUUUUCUGUUUUGGAGCCUCGCUGGAACGUUUGAGAUGUUGCGAUUUAUAUCCGUCUGUAGCGUUAGGAAUGUAUUUUAGAAGUGAUGUGAUAUUGCUGAGGUUUUUUUAAGUGUUUACAAGAUGGACAGAGUAAGUGGCGUGUGUAGGUUUGGGGGAGUUGUGUCCGCGGUGAGAACUCGUACGGGACGAAGUAGACGACGUCUUACUGGACCAGUUCAGACGAAUGAAGAAAUGCCAGAAGCUCCACGGCGCGGGCUCGGCGCGAUCCUCGUGUUGGCCUGUAUUCUGGUCUAUCACAACAGCCUGUAUUGUGGCUUCGUCUUCGAUGACAUCAGUGCCAUAAAAGAGAACAGAGAUCUGCGACCACAGACACCAAUCUCAAACAUCUUCCUAAAUGAUUUCUGGGGAACCCCUAUUCAUAAGGAGCAAUCCCACAAGUCGUACCGUCCCCUGACCGUGCUGACGUUCCGCUGGAACUAUGCGGUGCACGGCCUGCAGCCCGCCGGCUACCACCUCGUUAAUCUACUGCUGCACGCGCUUGUAUCGCUGCUCUAUUACAGGGUCUGUGCUAUGUUCCUGCCAGAGUUUGCGAGUUUCGUGGCGGCCAUCUUGUUUGCGGUGCAUCCCAUACACACUGAAGCGGUAACGGGUGUGGUCGGCCGAGCAGAAAUGCUGUCAUCCGUGUUCUUCCUGGGAGCGUUGCUGUGCUACGCCCGAGCCGCAAGCAGAAGACGAUAUACAGACUGGCGGUAUUUAGUUGCGUGCACGGGUUGUGUGGGCAUCGCCAUGCUGUGCAAGGAACAAGGGAUCACUGUCACAGCUGUCUGCGUUGUCUACGAACUAUUUGUGGCGCAAAAGCGUCGCGGCUUAGUAUUAAACGGUCGGUCAUGGCUGGAGGCAUGGGGUAAAGCGGGCUGGGGCUGCGGUUGCGGCGAAGCGGCGCGCAGAGUGGCUACCGUAUGUUGCGCCACACUGGCUCUGCUGGCCGCACGCCUGCACGUAAUGGGCGCACAGCUGCCAGUGUUCACUAGAUUCGACAAUCCAGCAGGAGCCUCGCCGCCUCCCGCCAGGCAUUUAACAUUCGCGUAUUUACCCGCGCUGAAUGCGUGGCUGUUGACGCUGCCAGAGGCCCUGUGCUGCGACUGGACCAUGGGUACGGUGGCAUUGCUGCGCUCCUGGAAAGACCCUCGGAACUUAGCCACCGUUGCAUUAGCGACACUCCUCAUUGCGGCCGCUGUACAUGCUUUGAGGACAAGAUCUUCUGCAUUAUCUAUGGGUCUAGCGCUACUGGUGCUGCCAUUCCUGCCCGCGUCGAACCUGUUCUUCCCCGUUGGUUUCGUAGUGGCUGAGCGCGUGCUGUACAUGCCGUCGAUGGGUUGGUGCUUGCUGGUGGCUCACGGUUGGCGGCUGCUGGCUCGCAGGAGAGCCAGUCUCGCCGCCGCAGCACUCAUCUUUCUGCUCCUAGCCUUCAGCGCCAAGACCUACGUCAGGAAUUGGGACUGGAAAACUGAGUACUCGAUUUUUGCGUCCGGACUUAAGGUGAAUCGUAACAACGCGAAGCUAUAUAACAAUGUAGGCCACGCUCUUGAAGCGGAUGGGAAAUACGCAGAAGCGUUGCAAUUCUUUAACACAGCAGUGAGCGUGCAGCCUGAUGACGUCGGCGCACACAUCAACGUCGGCAGGACAUACAACCACCUCGGACGAUACCAGGAGGCGGAGGAAGCCUACGUCAAAGCCAAGUCCCUGCUCCCUAAAGCGAAACCUGGAGAAUCCUACCAAGCUAGGAUAGCUCCGAACCAUCUCAACGUUUUCCUAAAUCUAGCCAAUUUGAUUUCCAAAAAUGUGACCAGAUUAGAAGAAGCAGAUAUGUUGUACAGACAAGCGAUCAGUAUGAGAGCUGAUUACACUCAAGCGUACAUAAAUAGGGGAGAUAUUCUUAUCAAAUUGAAUCGUACGAAAGAAGCCCAAGAAGUUUAUGAGAGAGCGUUAUUAUAUGACAGCGGAAAUCCUGACAUUUAUUACAAUCUGGGCGUGGUGCUGCUGGAGCAGGGCAAGGCGUCGCAAGCGCUGGCGUACCUGGACAAGGCGCUGGAGCUGGAGCCGGAGCACGAGCAGGCGCUUCUCAACUCCGCUAUCCUGCUGCAGGAGCUUGGCGCCGCCGACUUGCGCCAUCUAGCCCGGCAGCGACUGCUCAAACUGCUCGAUAAAGAUGCGACGAACGAGCGCGUGCACUUCAACCUGGGCAUGGUGUGUAUGGACGAGGGCGACGCCGCGUGCGCCGAGCGCUGGUUCCGCGCCGCCGUGCGCCUCAAGCCUGACUUCCGCUCCGCGCUGUUCAACCUCGCGCUGCUGCUGGCGGACCGCCGCCGCCCGCUCGAGGCCGCGCCCUUCCUCAAGCAGCUCGUGCGACACCACCCGGACCACGUCAAGGCGCUGGUGCUCCUCGGCGACAUAUAUAUCAACUCUGUCAAAGAUCUCGACGCUGCGGAGAGCUGUUAUCGGCGCAUCUUAGAGCUGGAGCCGGACAACGUGCAGGCAUUACACAACCUGUGCGUGGUGGCGGUGGAGCGCGGCAAGCUGGCCGUAGCCGAGGAGUGUCUGUCCCGCGCCGCCGCCCUCGCCCCGCACGAGCACUACAUACAGCGACACCUCGCCGUCGUGCGCACGCGCCGCGCAGCACUCGCAUCCCCCACCCCGCACGCAUCCCACACACCCCACACGCCUCACACGCCUUCCAGCGCCAGCGAGGUCCGCGCGCGCUGGAACUACAUCCCCCAGCAACCCCCCGACCCUCACGAGACGGACCCCUCAUAGCGAACCUAAGAGAACUGAACCGGUUUACAAUCUGGGUUAUAUCAGCAGUUCAGUAAUUUGUCGUAUUGUGUAAAAUAUUUAAAAAUUAAAAAAAAAACAAUGACAAAGAUUAUAAAAGUACCCAAAAUGUUUUUAGUAC